AUGGACCUGCUCAAGGGCCUCGUCGGCGAUCCGGCGAAGAUCGGCGAGGGCCUGACGUCCUACGGCAGCGACCUCAAGACGUCCAUCGGCACCGAGGGCGACUGGGAUGUCGUCAUGGUGCUGCCCGUGACGCCGUCGGACGAGGAGUCGAAGGAGGAGGACGUCGAGAACGCGAACCGCAAGUUCUUCGAGGCGACCAUCGAGAAGCUGGCGUCCGCGGGCCUCCAGUACAAGAGCUACUAUAGCAUCCAGGGGGACGAGAUCUACGUGAAGAUCCGGAGUCCCGAGGACCGCCUCGAGGGCCAGGCGGACGUCCGCGACGUGCCCAUGCUCAUGGACCCGUCCAAGCUCGAGAAGGCCCUAGCCGCGGGCUUCCCCGAGCUCCAGAUCGCGCCCAUCGACAUCGGCACGGACUGCGACGGCCAGGCGGUGUCGCGCUUCGCGCCGUCGCAGCACAUCUACUGCAAGUACGACCGGCACCCGAGCCUCCUGCCGCUCUACUCGCACCCGGCGAACGCGACGUCGCCCUUCCGGUCCAUGCAGCGCAUCAAGCUCGUCACGGACAUCAUCCAGACGCUCCACCGCUUCGGCGGCUGCGAGAUCUCCGUCGGCAAGGAGAUCAACGACGGCAAGAUGCUCGCCUUCAUGUGCCUCCACGACCCCAUCGAGCGCACGGCCCUCUACCACAAGUGGAUGACCUACCCCUGGGCGGCGCCCGUGAGCCAGAUGCCCUUCGACGAGUACAAGGACUACUUCGGCGAGCAGGCCGCGCUCUACAUGGCGUCCCUGGGCCACGCGACGACGUACACGGCCUGGCUCGGGGCCCUGGGCCUCGUCGCGACGACGAUCAUCCAGGUCAUCGGCUUCGACUCGAAGCCCGCGGCCUACUGCCGCGCGAUCUUCGGCGUCGCGCUCUUCGUGUGGCUCGCGGCGUACCACGACGGCUGGCGCAAGACGGAGCAGACCUACGCGCUCAAGUGGGGCAUGACGGAGUUCGAGGAGGAGGAGCCGGAGCGGCCCCAGUACCAGGGCCACAUCGUCAAGUCGCCCAUCGACGGCAAGCCGGCCGUCUACUUUCUGCCCAAGGAGCGCGCGCCGGCCGUCGCCAAGGGCGUGCUGGCGACGCUCGGCAUGAUCCUGUUGAACCUGGGCUUCAUGCUCCUCAUGGUCGUCUUCAAGAAGCAGGGCCACUUCACGCGGACGUACAGCUCGAUGCCGGCGACGCUCGCGAACGCGAUCGGCAUCCAGGUCUUCACCUUCGUCUUCAAGGACAUCGCCGUGAAGCUCACGGAGGCGGAGAACUGGCGCACGGAGACGGAGUUCGCCGACAAGCUCACGCUCAAGCUCUUCUGCUUCAACUUCAUCAACGCCUACGGCUCGCUCUUCUUCACGGUCUUCGUGCAGUCGCACGUCAGCCCGCCCGACGGCUUCGGCUCGAACUGGGCCUGCCUCGAGAACAACUGCCUCUGGGACCUGCUCUUCAACCUCUACAUCAUCUUCGCGGCGAACCUCGUCGUCUCCGCGGGCGUGUCGUUCGUGCUGCCGAUCCUGCAGAUCAAGUUCAACGAGUACAACGAGGGCGGCAUGGACGAGGCCAUGACCAAGGCCGAGUGGGAGUACAUGCUCGUCGAGUACGACGAGACCCUCGACAUGAUCGAGAACUACAUGAUCGCGACGGUCCAGUACGGCUACAUCGCGCUCUUCUCGCUCGCCGCGCCCGCGACGGCCUUCAUCGGCUUCCUGUCGAACAUGGUCACGCUGCGCCUCAACGGCUACAAGUACCUCACGGGCUUCCGGCGCAUCGAGCCCCGGGGCGCCCAGGACAUCGGCGUCUUCGACUCCAUCUACACGUUCAUCAACUUUGCGGCCGUGCUCUCGAACGCGGCGAUCUUCGUCUUCCUGCCGCCGCUCUUCACGAACGCCCAGGGCUACGGGCCGUCGAACCGCGCGAACAUCUUCAUGCUCAUCGUCGCCUUCUUCGCGCUGGGGCUCAUCCUCGGCCAGAUCAUCGCGAACGACGACGAGCCGGACGUCGCGCUCCAGGUCCUGCGCCAGGACUUCAUCAAGUCGAAGAUCGUCGACAAGAUCGCCGACGAGGACGAGGCCAUCACCAUCGACAAGAAGGCCCCCGUCUUCGACAUCACGAAGAAGGACGACGGGCCCUACUUCACCCACCUGGCCGAGGUCCUCGGCGAGGUGCCCGAGGCGUCGCUCCCGGCGCCCGCGAAGGCGGCCGACCUCGCGUGAACCCGCGGCCGUAGGGGCGCCGGGCGGGGCCUCGCAACCUUGUUUUUAUUUAUCUUUCG